AUGAAAAAUGACAUGUGUACAUGUCCCUGGCCCAUCAUAAGGAAGUCCUCUUCCUUCUCCUCCGUCCUUGAGGGCAUAUUAUUGUUAGGCACGCAACAUACACUCCGUGGAGGUGAUUUAACAUCCGAGCUUUUACCAGGUUCUCCAGCAACGUUCCCUGAGAACGAAAGUACUCAUCCACUCAGGCUUUGGGAGGACCACCCCUAUUUCCGUGCGUUGCCUACCGACGUUGGGCAGGCUGGAGAUUGCAAUCUACGCGUCUCCCGGGUGCACAGCCGGCGGCAGUCGGUGAUGACCCCCAAGCCAGCCGGACCCCCGGACGGGGGCUGGGGCUGGGUGGUGGCGGCCGCAGCCUUCGCGGUGAACGGGCUCUCCUACGGACUGUUACGCUCCCUGGGCCUCGCCCUCCCUGACCUCGCGGAGCAUUUUGACCGAAGCGCUCAGGACACUGCGUGGGUCAGCGCCCUGGCCCUGGCCGUGCAGCAGGCAGCCAGCCCAGUGGGCAGCGCCCUAAGCACCCGCUGGGGGGCGCGCCCCGUGGUGAUGGUUGGGGGCGUCCUCACCUCGCUCGGCUUCGUCUUCUCGGCUUUCGCCCGCAGUCUGCUGCACCUCUACCUUGGCCUGGGCGUCCUUGCUGGCUCCGGCUGGGCCCUGGUAUUCGCCCCUGCCCUCGGGACCCUCUCCCGUUACUUCUCCCGCCGUCGAGUCUUGGCCGUGGGGCUGGCACUCACGGGCAACGGGGCCUCCUCGCUGCUUCUGGCGCCCGCCUUGCAGCUCCUCCUCGAUAAUUUCGGCUGGCGGGGCGCCCUGCUCCUCCUUGGCGCCAUUACCCUCCACCUCACCCCCUGUGGCGCCCUGCUGCGACCCCUGGCGCUCCCUGGAGACCCCCUGGGCCCACCCCGAAGCCCGCUAGCUGCCCUCGGCCUAGGUCUCUUCACACGGCGGGCCUUCUUAGUUUUUGCUCUAGGCACGGCCUUGGUGGGGGGCGGGUACUUCGUCCCCUACGUGCACCUGGCCCCUCACGCUUUAGAUCGGGGCCUGGGGGGGUAUGGGGCGGUGCUGGUGGUGGCGGUGGCUGCCGUGGGGGACGCGGGCGCCCGGCUGCUCUGCGGGUGGCUGGCGGACCAGGGUUGGGUGCCCCUCCCGCGGUUGCUGGCGAUGUUCGGGGCCCUGACCGGGCUAGGGCUGCUGGCGGUGGGUCUGGUGCCGGUGGUGGGGAACGAGGAGAGCUGGGGGGGCCCCCUGCUGGCCGCGGCUGGGGCCUACGGGCUGAGCGCCGGAAGUUACGCCCCGUUGGUUUUCGGCGUGCUCCCGGGGCUGGUGGGCAUCGGCGGUGUGGUGCAGGCCACCGGGCUGGUGAUGAUGCUGAUGAGCCUGGGGGGGCUUCUCGGCCCUCCCCUGUCAGGCUUCCUAAGGGAUGAGACAGGAGACUUCACCGCCUCCUUCCUCGUGUGCAGCUCUUUCAUCCUCUCUGGCAGCUUCAUCUACAUGGGGCUGCCCAGUGCGCUGCCCUCCUGCCGUCCAGCCUCACGUCCAGGCACCCCACCCUCUGAGAGGGGGGAACUGCUCCCCAACCCUCAGGUUGCCCUGCUCCCCUCAGGAGGCCCUCAUUCCACUCUGGACACCACUUGUUGA